AUGAGAUUCUCCGCCGGAUUAGCACUGUGCGCCGCGCCAUUGGCGUUGGCUGGGUUACUACAAGCAGAGAUGCCCAAACGAGCAGUGGAGGUCCAGGUCUCAAACUCGAACUCAAACUCGCGCGGCGGUAACGGUAAUGGCAACGGCAACGGCAACAACAGGGGCAACAAUAAUGCAGUAGGCGUAACAGAAGUCAUCAUCGUUUGGGUCAACAACGGAGGAGGAGCGGCCACAAACACCGUCAACUCAGCCGUUGCGGCCGCAACUGCGGGAGGGGCGGCGGCAACACAUACCGUUGUCGUUGGUGGAAGUGCCGGUCUGCAAUUCACACCCAACACUCUCAGUGCAGCAGUUGGAGAUAUGGUUGUCUUCACAUUCAUGUCAGCCAACCACACUGCCACCCAGUCUGCCUUCGACACCCCUUGCGAUCCUUUGGCAGGCGGUAUGGAUUCUGGAUUCAUGCCCAAUGCGAACAACUCCGUGGUGCCACCACCCCAGAUGGCCAUGCAAGUCUCAGUAGCUACCCCAUUGUGGUUCUACUGCAGGCAAGCCAAGCAUUGCGGAAAGGGCAUGACCUUCUCCAUUAACCCAUCUGCCAACAAGACUCAGGCCGCCUUCCAACAACUAGCCAUCGCUCAAAAGGGUGAAGGCGCGACCGCCGCCAUCGUCGGAGGUGCUGGUGCUUCCGGCGCUGCCCCUGCCGCUGCCGCUCCAGCAGCUACCAACGCUGUCGCCCCCCCUGCCAACGCUGCUGCACCCGCCAACAUGGCUGCCGGAACUGGUACCAAUGUCAACGGCGAGUGCGCUUGCUCUUGCCUGUGCGGUCCCGGCUCGUUCCCCAGCUCCGCUGUUCAAGGUGUCGGUGGUUUCGGCGGCGUGCCAGGUGCCAUGCCAAUGGCUGCAAUGAUGGCAUAA